CGGGGGCGGGCCGGGCCUGGCCGGGCCGGGCAGGAGCGGCCAUGGGGAACCUGUUCGGGCGGAAACGGCGGAGCCGCGUCACGGAGCAGGACCGGGCCGUGCUGCAACUGAAGCAGCAGCGGGACAAGCUCCGGCAGUACCAGAAGCGGCUGAGCCUGGGGCUGGAGCGGGAGCGGGCGCUGGCCCGGCAGCUGCUCCGGGACGGCAAGAAAGAGAAAGCCUUGCUCCUGCUGAAGAAGAAACGGUACCAGGAGCAGCUGCUGGAUAAAACAGAGAACCAGAUCAGCAACCUGGAGCGGAUGGUGCAGGACAUUGAAUUCACCCAGAUUGAAAUGAAGGUCAUCGAGGGCCUGAAGAUAGGCAACGAGUGUCUGAACAAAAUGCAUCAGGUUAUGUCCAUAGAAGAGGUGGAAAGGAUAAUAGGAGAGACCCAGGAUGCUGUGGAGUACCAGAGGCAAAUAGACGAGCUCCUGGCUGGCAGCCUGACUGAGGAGGAUGAAGAUGCCAUUCUAGAAGAAUUAAAUGCUAUUACUCAGGAACAGUUGGAGCUUCCAGAAGUUCCUUCGGAGCCACUCCCAGAGAAGAUCCCAGAAGUGUCACCCAUCAAGAACAGGCCAAAGCCAGAGCUGGUGGCAGCAUCUUAACUCCCAGUGCUGGGGAUUCCCCCUCCAAACUUUCACCCUGGACAGUUUGCCCUCCCAGUGUGUGCUGGGAGCAGGCAAUGCCUUGGCAGCAUCCCAGCUGUGCUGGGUGGAUUGUGGAGCAGGAUUCCCUGCACAGGGUGGGGAACCUCAGCUGAUUAUCGCUCUUGUAUCAAGAUUAUUUUCUAGUGCUUUCUUUUUUUGUAACUUAAAUUCCAAACUCACUCAGCUGCGCUGUCUCGGGAUUAAACAGCAACUCUAAAUCAUCCAAAGCCAAAUUUUUCUCUGUAGGUUUGAUUCUGGUGGUCAGUCUGCCUUUGCUCUGGCCAAAUCCCAGGAAAUCCCAUGCUUGGAGUGACCAUGUUUGUGCUGGGUGAGCACCAGCCCUGUGGAGCACUCUGCUGUCCUGUCCCUCUGUCCCUUCUCUCUCCUGGGCCCAUCUGGGCAGGGCUGGCCGUGUCCCUGUCCUGCUGCACUUGGGCAGUGCUGGAGCUCUGGGCUGGGCUCAGCCUGGCUCACACAGAACCAGCCCCAGGGGGUUUGGCUGGGGCCAGGCUCAGCCUGGGUGCUCUGCCCUGCUCCUGCUGCAGCAGCUCUGGCCUGCUCUCAGCCCUGGGCUGGCAGAAAUCUCCUGCCGUGCCAGCGUGGAGCUCCUGCCAGUGUCAGGAGCAGGAUUCCUCCCUCGUGGGCUCUGCUGCAGUGUCAGAGUUCAGCUUUGCCUGGGAUGGACUGAUGGAUCCCACAGACUCUGCUCUGCUGCUCCUGCUGGACAUUUCCUCGGGGACUUGGACACGUUUCCUUGUGCUGCUCUGGACACGGGGCCUGAAGCUCCAGAAAUCACCACUCCAAAGAGCUCUGGGAGCCCCAACCCCUCUGAGGACUCACUGGGAUGCUGAAGGCUCUGGAACGCUGCUGGCAGCCAGGUGGUGGCAGAUGUGGCUGCUCUUGGAACCAGCUCACCUGCCAGCUUGCAGAUGCUCUUCAGGACACUGCAGAUCUUUAUUGAUUACGUUCUUGAAGCCACAGCCCUUAAUCUGCAUUUCUGUGACAGCAGAAGGACCAGAGGGUCCUUGGAGACUUUGUGGGGUUGUCACUGGGGUUGUGGGAUCUGGUGCUAGACAAAAAGUGACUCCAGGGACUGGGGUGCUCGCCAUGGUGCUGGGCCAGCAGCAGCUCUGGGUGCAGUUGUGAUCUCCAUGUCCUCUCUGUUGUGUUCCACAGACUGGCCAGGGCAUCCUCGUCCUCCUCUUGUGUCCCCAGGGCAGUGAGGGCCUUGGAGCCACCCCAUUUCCACUCCCAGUGCUGUGUCCUCACUAAUGUUCCACAGCAACCCCCAGUUCCUGGCCCUGUGUUUGACACCAGCACGGUGCUGGCAGAGCAGCUGCUGCCCCUGGAGCUGCCUGGGCCAUUGGAUGAUCCCAGGGCCGUGUUCCUGGUCACCCCAGUCGCUGUGGGGACAGCCAGCUCCUGCUCCUGCUCCCAGCCCUCCCAGGACAGGACAGGUCCUGCUCUGCUGCCGGUGGUUCAGUCUCUGAUCAGUGCUGGCUGUGCUGCAACGCAGCCCGUUCCCACCAGAGAGAGCCUUGGCUUCACCAGUGCCGUGCUGGCAGGAGCGUUUCUUCUCCUUCAGGGCUCCUUCAGCCCGGUGCCAGCGGGUGCCAGGCUGUUCAGCGUGGCCCUGGUUCAUCUGCAGGGCACUCCCAGGAGGGUCUGGAAGGGAUCUGUCAGCACCUUCCACUGCUGGUGCUUUGGGAAAUCCCUGUUCCCUGGGGUUGGCAUCGCCAGGGGAGAGGCCUGAGGAGGGUGUGCUGUGCUGCAGUCCCUCUGCUCUGGUUUUCUCUCUGGUGACCUCCUGGCAGCAGGAGAGAUGAGCCAGCCCUCCCCAGGGUCUGCCCAGGCCGGGUGGCUGCACUCCUCGUGGCUGUGGGGAGGGAGUGGGGCUGGUUCUGAGGGGGUUCAUGCAGCUCUUUCCAUUCCUUGUUGCCACAGUGGAGAGGCCAUUUACUGAUCCAGCAGGAGAGUUGGGAGCAGAUUGGCCACAGCUUCCUCUGCUAAUCCCAACAGCUCCUGCUGGGGAGUGGGCUGUGACCUCUGGUCUGUGCUGUGACAAUAAACGGGCUCCAGUGGCUCCACCGAC